CAAGUUUCUGGGUGUGGCUCCGGACCUGCUCUAGAAUGGUCGUCAGCUAUCGCCUCAAUAUCAUCCAGAACAUCGUCUCUGUUGACUCAACCGCUUCUUAUUCUAGGGACUUAUAACGUCGUUCUAGUGGUCCCUCCUGCAAUCCAAAUAAAGCCGAUCGAUGAUGGCCUGGCCCCCAGGUCAACACAACAAGGUUUCGGGUGAACCAAAUAUCCAUCGUACUCAAAUUACUCGCUCAGUUGCCGUCACGUCGUACCCGAUAUAACUAGUCUGGGAUAGCUCUUACCUUAACAUCAAAUUGGCAAGACAGCUCUUUUAUGCAGCGAUAAUAUGUGGUUGCGGAGGCUUCUUGGAAUUAUGAUGAAUACUGAGUUCUCACCUGGCCUCAGGCCGGGGAAAUCAAGGCUAUAUGCGUGGGAUGGCAUGAUACUUACGAAAGCACUCUCCGCAACCAGUUUGAGACGUACUGCUUGUACACAAUAUGAACAAGAAAUUUUGUCAGCAGUUGACGAUCAGUGGCGCAGCAAUGAGGUUACCUAUUACUCAACAGAGUCUUUCCCUAAGCGGAUCACAAUUGGUGGAAACGGAGUCAACAUGGUCAACUUCUUUCUCCAUCUGCGUUGUGUGAGCCAAACGUCUUACAUAGGUUUCAUCAUCCAGAUGAUCACAUAUAAGCUCAGAGGAAGCGGUACGGCCAAUGGAGGCCUGCGCGGGAAGUACGGCAUCUCGAACACGCCCCAUACGCCACAUCUAGCCGCGCUGCCCUGCGCCUGUGGUGCAUGCAGUUUCCAUUGUUGCAGUCAUCGAUUCUUGUGGCAACUAUGCGGAUGGGGCAAGCCGAGAGCAAGUGAGCGACUCACGGCGGGUGCUGGAUGAAGCUAUAAUGCGCUCACUUACUCCUCGUUGGCGUGCGAAUACUUUCGAGUUUAUUUCAAAAGGUUAUCGUAUAAAAAGUCCCCGGUGGAACUUGACGAGUGGCUAGAGAUGUUGAUGCUGUAAUCUGACAAGCGGUCGUCGGCA